AUGAGAGCUUUUACAAUCUUACUUCUCGUUUGUCUCAUUGGAGUCGCUUUCUGCGACCCACCCAGAGGAGGAAGAGGUGGUCGUGGUGGUGAAGGUGGAGAAGGUGGAGCAGGAGGAAACGGAGACGUUGCAGGUGACGGUGGCCAUGCUGGCCUGGGAGGCAACGGUGGACGUGGUGGAAAGGGAAAAGUAGCCGGGGAUGGUGGCGACGCUGGAAACGGUGGUCUUGGUGGUGCUGGCGGCGAUGGUCGCGAUGCUGGUUGGGGUGGAGAUGGUGGCAAAGCCGGACGUGGUGGACGUGGAGGUGACGGCCAAGUAGCCGGUAAUGGUGGACGAGGUGGUCUUGGUGGCAAGGGAGGACGUGGUGGAUCCGUUCCAGUUAAACGUCACUAA